AUGGAAGUAUGUGUGGUCGUCCUGCUGGGGGUGAACGCAGACAUUCAGAAAAAGGCUUCCGUGGGUCGGCUGUUUGUGCACGAGCUAGAGAGAGAAACCUUUCAGCAUGAAUUUGAGCCAUACCACAAACACUACGGAGGAGAAAGAGGGUGGGCGUAUAACGAUCCUAUGGUGUUUAAGUGCAACAAACAGCAGUUCCCAGACCUUCCACGAUGGCUGCGCUAUACCCAGCGCCACCCAUACGACAGUGGUUUCCUGUAUGGCACACCAGUGGAAAGCGACCUAGGCAAGAACAUCAUCGAGAUCUAUGUGACAAAUAAACGAAGUUAUGAGACCUUUAAGGAGCGACUUGUUAUAAGCGUUGGCGGUGCAGAAAAAGCCACACCUUACCAGGCCGAGUUCUUCAUUGAGAAGAGGGAGAUCGAGAAGGUGCUGCCAUCAAGCGUUCAGGAAGAGAUAAAGCACGACAUCCGGCAAAUGUGGGGUACAGAUAGGCUCGAGUACGUCAACAUCACAUCUGCUUUGGAUCGGGGUGGUCGUGUCCCUCUGCCUCUGCCUGGACAUUAUGAGGGUGUGUAUGUGAAGCUGGGGUCAGAUCGACCCUACUCUCAGUGCCUGUUAAGGCUACGGACGGCGGAACACCAACGAGAGUGUGAGGCUGGCGGGAGGAUCACUGGAGACUGCAGUGUGUUCAGCAUUCCUGCUAACCAUGUGACCUGGUGCAAGUCAACCCUGAUAGAUUUGUCCAGACCUGUACCCCCUGCUCCGGUGCCGACCAUGGGUUCGGGAAUCCUGGAAUGGGGGGGUGAGUUUAACCCACCCGAUUCCCCACCUGAGAGGGAAUUCCUCCCUGACUACAUAGUCACCGUCAUUGUUCCUUUCGCUCUUGCUUUAUUGCUCUGCCUCCUCCUGGCCUACGUGAUGUGCUGCAGGAGGGAAGGACUCCAAAAACGUGAUGCCAUAACUCCUGAGCUCCAGCUCUACCAUCACCACACCAUCCAAGGGAACAGCAAUGAACUGCGUAGCAUGGCAGACAGCCGUGCCAACGCGCCUCAGCCGCUCUCCACACUCCCCAUGUUUAACGCCCGCACCGGGCAGACGGCACCUCCUCAGUACCCUUCUGACAGCGUUCACAUCCCCCUCAUCAUGGCACAGCAGGAGCCAAAUGUUGACACGCUGCCCAGGAAAUGAAGAUGGUUUGUUUUGGAGGAUCUUCUCUGAUGAUUGUGUGAACUUAAUGUUAAACUAUAUGAAUUAUAAUAUAUACAUCGAUUAGCCAUAACAUUAAAUCCAUCUUCUUUUAUCAGCUCCACUUACCACAUAGAAGCACUUUGUAGUCCUACAAUUACUGACUGUAGUUCACCUGUUUUUCUACAUACUUUUUUUACCCCCCUUUCAUGCUGUUCUUUAAUGGUCAGGACUCUCCCAGGACCACCACAGAGCAGGUAUUAUUUAGGUGGUGGAUCAUUCUCAGUACUGCAGUGACACUGACAUGGUGGUGGUGUGUUAGUGUGUGUCGUGCUGGUAUGAGUGGAUCAGACACAGCAAUGCUGCUGGAGUUUUUAAACACCUCACUGUCACUGCUGGACUAAAAAUACUCCACCAACCAAAAAUAUCCAGCCAACAGCGCCCCGUGGGCAGCGUCCUGUGAUCACUGAUGAAGGUCUAGAUUAGAAGAUGACCAACUCAAACGGCAGCAAUAGAGGAGCGAUCGUCUCUGACUUUACAUCUACAAGGUGGACCAACUAGGUAGGAGUGUCUAAUAGAGUGGACAGUGAGUGGACACGGUAUUUAAAAACUCCAGCAGCGCUGCUGUCUCUUAUGCCCUCAUACCAGCACCAUGUCAGUGUCACUGCAGUGCUGAGAAUGAUCCACCACCUAAAUAAUACCUGCUCUGUGGUGGGCCUGACCAUUGAAGAACAGAGUAAAAGCAGGUUUCAAUUACUACAAUUACUACAGUCAGUCAUUGUAGAACUACGAAGUUGAAAGUAGAAACAAGGAGGUGGUUUUAAUGUUAUGGCUGAUCGGUGUAUAUUAUUAAAUUAUGAAUUAUCUGUGGAAUGUGAGUGUCUGAGAUAUUCAGAUAAAGUCCAGGUUUGACACCUUGGCCUAAUCCGUACUUGUUUGUGUCCAGUGUAAUACUAAUACUGAUGCACUAAAUAAAUGCUAAUUAUUAUCAUUAA